CGCACACUCUUACUACAAUCCCAUUGGGACACCCGGUGGGAUUGGAGUCACUUUUCUACAUAAGAGUCAAAGAGACGCAUUCAAGCAGUCCUCAACAGCACAUGCUGAAGAAAUUGAAUGUGAAUUGCAAACUUGCAAGAAACAAUUUGAAUAGGAGUUGUCCAACAGUUUUAAAAUAUGGGCAGUCUUCAAUUAGAAGAUUUUGUAGCUGGUUGGAUAGGAGGAGCUGCAAGUGUAAUUGUGGGGCAUCCUCUGGACACAGUAAAGACUCGUUUACAAGCCGGACAAGGAUAUGGAAAUACACUUAAUUGUAUCCUUACUGUGUACAGAAAUGAAAAUGUUGUCGGAUUCUUUAAAGGAAUGUCUUUCCCAUUGGCCAGCAUUGCUGUCUACAGCUCGGUGACAUUUGGUGUCUUCAGCAAUACUCAAAGGUUUAUUAGCCAGCAGCGUUAUGGAGACUCUAACCAUGCCCCGGCACUCUCGGACUUGAUUGUUGCCAGCAUGGUAGCAGGGGUUGUCUCAGUAGGAAUUGGUGGUCCUGUGGACCUGAUAAAGAUAAGACUACAGAUGCAAACACAGCCAUUUAUUAAAGCAAACAUAAACUUAAAGCACAUGGGAAUUGGGUUUCCCACAUACAGAGGUCCAAUUCACUGUGUUAGUUCAAUCCUUCGGCAGGAGGGCUUAGCCGGAAUGUACCGAGGUGCCGGCGCAAUGCUUCUGAGGGAUGUUCCUGGGUAUUGCCUGUACUUCAUCCCUUAUACAGUUCUCUGUGGCUGGAUUACUCCCGAGGGAUGCAUAUCGCCUAGUCCCUCUUCUGUGUGGAUAGCAGGAGGUAUAGCAGGGGCAAUUUCCUGGGGGACUGCUACUCCGAUGGAUGUUGUGAAAAGUCGACUUCAAGCUGAUGGGGUUUAUUUAAACAAAUAUAAAGGAGUCAUUGAUUGUAUCUCUCAGAGCUACCAUAGUGAGGGCUUAAAAGUCUUUGUUAGGGGCAUCACAGUCAACGCAGUGCGAGGAUUCCCAAUGAGUGCAGCCAUGUUUCUUGGAUAUGAACUUUCACGCAAAGCACUGAGAGGAGACCAAGCUGAGACCAAUCCUUAACAGCCAGGCAGAAAAAUUUGAAACCUGCGACUGUAGUCUGACUAAUUCAUGUUUAUGUCUUCCCAUUUCUUGGACUGGUUGUGAAUUGUCGUGCUUUGUGGAUGGAUUUAAAAGAAUGAAUGAAAC